AUGGUGCCAAAAACAAACCGCAUUGAAGACUUCCCAGAUCACUGGAAAUCCACCCUCCUGGGCGUCAAGUUCUGGAAAGACGCCGAAGAAUGGAAUCACGAAACAAACAACAAGAUUGAAGCAGGCGAAUCUACCUUCAACAGACUGAGCCGCAGAAAGAAGAUGAGGGACGAUGGCGAGGAAGAAGAAGAGGAACUGGAACUCCAUGUCAAGGAACGUGCCAUUGUCACUCCAACCUUUCCCCCUGACCAAGCAACACCAACAAAUCUUCUUAUGGAGUUCCGCGGAGGAGCGCUCUGGGCAGCCAUCCCAAGGAACCGCCGUGUUUUAGGCCUGGACGUGUUCUGGCCAGUCCAAACUGACAACCUCAUGCACGAAACGGAGAAAGCUGGUACAGGCAAUCAGAACAGAAUAGAUGCAUUCGAGGGCGAAGAAGAUGGCGAACCCGCAAUCUUCCCAAUUAGUGGAAUGGCGCCUCUCUGCAUGUUUCGUAACCUGCGCAUCCUGAAACUCACGGGGAUGAUGCAGUCUUACCAGAUGUACAUCUUCCAAGCCGCGUGGCUCAACACCGAUCUUGAGGAGCUUGAAAUUGAAAUGGCCCUUGCCCCGCGUCUUCGUCGUGGUUACAAAUGGCCUUUUAUGAAGGGAGACUGGCGCCUUGAUAAAGCCAAUUACGGAGAGCCCGUCUACUACGGUAACGGUGAAGGCUCUCUCGUCCGCACCGUCGGAAUCGGUGAAUACCUCGACAAGAUUUGCCUUGAAAAGGCCAAAAUACGAGCCAUGGCCAUGGGAAGCACCCGCAACCGUCUUUCAAUCCGCACACUGGUUCUCUCCGGCGUCGUGGUCGACGCAGACCCCUUCCUGCACUGGUUCGACCCAAAGCGUUUGAAAUGUAUCAACCUCAAGGAAAACUGUGUGGACGCGGGGUUCUGGCUUCCACACUGUAUGAAGAAAGUAUCUGUUCUUUUUCCCAGACAGAUCGAUGAGCCUACCGUUAUUGGUCGUCGUGUGAAUCCUUCGGCCGAGUUGAAGGUUGUUGAGCUUAAGGGUGGAAAGAAAAUCGGCGAGAUACCCUAUCGCGGGCCGAAGAGUUUGGAGGAGGAUAUACCCAGGAAUGUUGGCGUUAAGACCAACAGUAUUAAGUGGAGUGAGAACGCAAAGGACCAUAUUCUUGACAAAGAUCAGGUUGAGGUUGCUAUCUAG